AUGGAUGACUUCGAGGCAAUUCGAAGGGAUUUGGUACUUGAGAAUGAACCUAUUGAGAAGGAACUCUCUUCUUUGGGUAUGAAGUGGCACUCUUUCGACGACCUUUGUCAGGCGCUACGUUCCGAAACUGUCACCGACAGCAUCACCGAUCGCGACCGCUAUGGCAUGUGGCACGAUCCUAGCGCCCCAACGGCCCCGACAAUCAAAGACACAGAAGGCGAAGCUGGAGUGUUCAAAAGUACCCCAAUCUCCUCGCCGACAAAGAAACGGAAGGCUGAGAAUGACGACUCAUCCACUCAAGCGAGCAAAGACACAGAAGGCAACCGGAAAAACGCCCCGGACAAGCGAUAA